AUGGGCUGCGCGAUCUCUGGAUCCGGAUUGACACCGAGAACAGCAGAGAGCAGACACACCGAGGACGAAGCUCCAGCGAGACUCACUCCGGAUCACAUCCAGCUCAUCAGAGAGUCCUGGAAAGUCAUCCAGGAGGACAUCGCCAAAGUGGGAAUAAUCAUGUUUGUCCGCGUGAUGUCGUUCAUCGAGAAGAGCGUGGCCAGACUCGAUCAGCUCGAGCGCUUAGAGACUCUGGCGCGGGAACUCGGCAGGAGCCACUUCCGCUACAAUGCGCCGCCGAAGUACUACGGGUAUGUGGGAGCCGAGUUCAUCUGCGCUGUUCGGCCGGUUCUGAAGGACAGAUGGACUCCUGAACUGGAGCAGGCCUGGCAGACGCUGUUCCAGUACGUGACGGCGAUCAUGGAGGACGGUUAUCUGGAAGAAGAGCGGAGCAGACGCAGCCACACGCUGACCUCCAGCAAACAGCGACCGGACAAGAGAAACACGGCCAUUUAAUUUCUCACACCUGACGUGUACAUACUGUAUUUAUUUCAACGCUUCAUUUUUUACAGUACACAAGCUUCAUGUCUCUUCUGAAGAUGUUACCUGCACAAGAUCGUGAUUCCCAGUCCAAACGUCUUUGGGAUUUUCUCAUGAUGAAAUCAGUGAAUAAACGUUAUCUUUUAUUUGCAAAUCUACAAAGGUGGUUUUGUUAUGUUCAAAUAUAAAAACUCCACUGUUAGACCUCAAAAACGUCCAACAAGCCAAUCAACAAAGGGCAUCUUUCAAACUUAAAAUCA